AUGGGCACGGAGGGCACAGACCAUCCCAUCAGGCAUGCUGCUCCAGCCCAGAGACCUGGGCUUGGGAGCCCCCUGGAGCCCCAGGCCAGCAGGAAGACCAAGAAGAAGGAAGGGGGUGCCCUGUGGGCCCAGAGGGCGUCAUCCAAUGUCUUCUCCAACUUUGAGCAGACCCAGAUCCAGGAGUUCAAGGAGGCAUUCACACUAAUGGGUCAGAACCGAGAUGGCUUCAUUGACAAGGAGGAUCUGAAAGACACCUACACCUCCCUGGGCAAAACCAACGUCAAGGACAACGAGCUGGACGCCAUGCUCAAGGAGGCCUCCGGGCCCAUCAAUUUCACCAUGUUCCUAAACAUAUUUGGGCAGAAGCUGAGCGGCACGGAUGCAGAGGAGACCACUCUCAACGCUUUCAAGAUGCUGGGCCCAGACGGCAAAGGCAGCAUCUACAAGGACUACAUCAGGCGGCUGCUCAUGUCCCAGGCCGACGAGAUGACUGCCGAUGAGGUUGACCAGAUGUUCCAGUUCUCCACCGCUGAUGCCGCAGGAAACCUGGACUACAGGGCUUUGAGCUACAUGCUCACCCAUGGGGAGGAGAAGGAGUGA